UCGGCUUUUUCCCGCCCGAGGCCAGUGCGCAGCCGCCUCGCCGCCUGGCGCCGCAGUGGGAGGCUGCCGACCCGCACCCCUGUGAGCCGGAGCCCACGACGCUACCUGGGCCAUGGACUCGAAGGUCAGCAACGGCGCCAGCCCCCAGGACGAGCGCACCACAAGCCUGCUGGUGUUCGCCUUCCUCCAGAGCUGCCCGCACUCCCGCUGCCACCAAGAGCUGGAGGUGCUGGGCCACGAGCUGCCCGUGCGCGUGGCCCACGACGAUGAGCUGCAGACGGAUGGCAACUGGUGCAGCCACUUCCGUGAGGGGGCGGCAGAGACAGACUCUGAGACUCAGGAGGAAGUGGUCCGGGACAUCGCCAGGCAGCUCGCCCAGAUUGGGGACAGGAUGGAGUGCAGCAUCCGCCCGGGGCUGGUGGCUGGCCUGGCCGUGCAUUUCAGGAACAGGAGCCUGUCGGAGGAGGACAGGAGGCGGUGCCUGGCGGCGGCGCUGGAACAACUCAUGCAGCUCUACCCUGCAGACGUGGACCGCGAGAAGACCCUGCUCCUGCUGACCAUGCUCGUGGCCAAAAAGGUGGCCGACCACUCGCCAGCUUUGCUCCAAGAUGUCUUUCACACCACAGUGACCUUCAUCAACCAGAACCUUCUCGCCUACGUGAGGAACUUAGUCCAAAACGAGAUGGACUGAAGGGACGACUCAGCAAAAGCACGACUGGUUACAACUUGAGAUGGUGACAGCAGUGUAGCUGUCUCCACACAGAUGGAGCCUCGGCCACGUCAACAUGCUCAGAGAAGACAGGCACGAGAUGACAGCUGUGUCUCUCUCACCAUUUUAAAGCCAGGGACCAUUUAGGAAUUUCUUCACGUACACGUGUGAACGUUUCACGUCAUCUACAUCCAUCCACACACUGUGCCUUUACCUAAUGUCCGCUGGAAAGGUCCCCGCCUGAAAAUCAGAUCUAAAAGCAGAUCGUGAGUUCCCUGGUGGUCCAGUGGUUAGGACUCCUCUGCGCUUCCACUGCAGGGACCGGGUCUGAUCCCUGGUCGGGGAACUAAGAUCCCACAAGCUGCAGUCAAAAAAGAAAAAAAGAACAACAAAAUAAAAGCAGAUGAUUGACAAAUAAAAGGCAGAAGAAAAAGAA